AUGGGAGACCGAACGUCGACACCAUACAGAAGCGACGGAAAAACAUCUCGCUCUUCGCCAAAAAUCUUUGCAGGAGCUUGUAUCUUGGCCGUGUUCGUCGCAAUUUCAGAAUAUCGAUCGUCCAUCGGCAACCUCAGCUGCGCGUUCGAUCAGGAAGGGCCCACUGUAGUCGAGACCACCCGGUGGUCGACGGCGGCAGCGUCGAAACAUUCUUUUGGUUUCUUUGACGAUAUUCCUGAUUCUACGUGGGAGCGUAUGCGACGAAAGGCCUUGAGCUUUGAACAGUACGCAAAUCCCGCAGAUCCCAAUCAAGGUUGGGAAAAGCCAUGGCGAUGGUACCUCGACAACCUCCAACCUGAAUUUACCUGCCCCCACUGGGUGUGCGAUCCACACCGAUUGAUGAAGAAAGACUGCCUUGUUUAUUCAUUUGGAAGCAAAGGACAGUACGAUUUUGAAGACGGAUUGAUUGACAUAGUUGGCCAACAUUGCGAAAUUCAUGUUUUCGACUUUGGUUCUUUUGAUCGUACCGAAAAUUCUGAAAGAAAUAUUCACUAUCACCAGUGGGGACUAGGAAGCAGCUACGACAGACAGUAUAACGACGCGUUCAUUAACGGCGAAGAGAUCCUUUCUUUCAGCGAGAUUCAAGACAAACUCAAGCACAAGGGUCGGACGAUCGACUUGCUUAAGAUUGACUGCGAACGAUGCGAAUGGGCGAACUACAAAGAUUGGGUUGGUGUAGAUGCACGACAGAUACUCAUUGAGAUUCAUGGAAUUCCGUCUCCUGUAAAAGCUACAAAAAGCUAUAGGUUACCCAUGAACGCUACGGAUUUCUUCGACGCCUUGACAGAGCAGUCGUUCGUGACGUUCAACAAGGAGGUAAACGUGCACAAUCGAGAGUGCUAUGAAUUUAGUUUCCUCAAACUCGACGAGCCGUUUUGGGCAGAUCGGUUGACUCCGAUUUCGGACUAGAUUAGAUUUGUACGGUAAAUUGCGUGUUACUCGUUU